UCUCCUGUUUAACGUCGCGGAAUCAGUCGUGGUUUAUCAGCCAAACCGGUUAAGUCUGAGAGAGUGAAGUGCAGAUGGUUAAAAGCCGUGUACUUCCUCCUCCUUUUCCUCGUUCAUUCGUAAUCUCGAUCUUAUCCUUAAUAUCCAUCCUAAAUCUUAUUCGAUCAUAACGAAACUACGACUCGAUUGGGACUUUUUCAAAUCCGACACGACUAUCUUUUCUUUCAUUUUCCAUAAUAUUGAUCAGCCGAUGAAUUUUCAUAAAGAGUUUCGAUAUUUAAACAUUAUUAAUUAAUUAUAACUCGAUUAAGAAAGAACGAAAAAGAAAACGAAGAAAGAGGAUAUCUCGACGAGAAUAAUCUUCUAAUCAAAAAAUAUCAAAGAAGAUACAUCUAAGACAGGGAAAAGGAUCGAUACGUUCAAAGAGAAGACUUAUUUCAAAAAUGGCAGACAGGAUAUACCAUCCGAAUCGUGAGCUGGCGCGAAAUGCUUACUGUUCGAGUAUGGAACAAUAUAGGCAGAUGCAUAACAACUCCGUGAAGAAUCCAGUUAAAUUUUGGAGCGAAAUCGCGAACAAAUUUUAUUGGGAAACACCGGCGACGGAUGAUAAGUUUUUUUCUUACAAUUUCGACGUGUCCAAGGGCGAAAUAUUUAUUAAAUGGAUGGAAGGCGCCAAAACCAAUAUCAGUUUCAACCUACUCGAUAAGAACGUAAACGAUAACAAAGGCGAUGAAAUAGCAUUUCAUUGGGAAGGUAACGAUCCAAACGACCAUUCGAAAAUAUCCUAUAGAAAAUUGCUAGCAAAGGUAUGCAAAUUUGCGAAUGUACUGAGGUCGAAGGGAGUGACUAAGGGCGACAGAGUGGUCAUUUAUAUGCCAAUGAUUCUCGAGCUUCCUAUCGCGAUGUUGGCUUGCACAAGAAUCGGUGCGGUUCACUGCGUAGUCUUCGCAGGAUACUCGUCCGAUGCCUUGGCAGAACGUAUAUUAGAUGCCAAAGCAAAGAUUCUCAUAACUGUUAAUCUAGCCAAGAGAGGAGAAAAAUUAUUGUUUCCUAAAUAUAUUUGCGAUAGCGCUAUAGAAAAAGUUGCAUCGCAUGGUCAUAAUAUUGAGACAUGUAUAGUUGUUUCUCAUUCGACCAGACUGAGCAACAAACGUUCUGGUUUGGACGAAAAUGGCACUGGAUCCUGGAAUUCCGAACGUGACUGUUGCUGGCACGUAGAAAUGGAGAAAGUGGAAAGUAAAUGCGAGCCAGUGUGGAUGGACGCGGAAGAUCCACUUUUUAUUCUCUAUACCAGCGGUUCUACUGGUAAACCAAAAGGAGUCCUUCAUACAAUGGCAGGUUACUUGAUUUACGCGGCAACAACAUUCAAAUAUGUUUUCGAUUAUCAUCCUGGAGAUAUCUAUUGGUGUACCGCAGAUAUCGGUUGGAUUACUGGCCACACUUACGUCGUUUAUGGCCCAUUGGCUAAUGGUGCAACCUCGGUCCUGUUCGAGGGUACACCGUUUUAUCCCGAAAACGAUCGAUAUUGGGCGAUCGUAGACAAAUACAAGGUCACUCAAUUUUAUACGUCUCCAACCGCGAUCAGAUCGCUCAUAAAAUUUGGGGACGAGUUCGUAAAGAAGCAUAAUUUGUCUAGUUUGAAGGUUCUCGGCUCGGUCGGCGAGCCGAUAAAUUCCGAAGCUUGGUUGUGGUUAUACAACUUAGUUGGUCAUGGCAACUGUAGUAUCGUAGAUACAUUCUGGCAAACGGAAACUGGUGGUCAUGUCAUCACGCCAUUACCAGGUGCGACCCCAAUGAAGCCAGGAUCAGCGGCCUUUCCCUUCUUUGGAGUGCUACCAGAAUUAUUGGAUGAAGAUGGUCACGUGAUCGAGGGCGAAGGAGAAGGAUAUCUCGUUUUUCGACAGCCUUGGCCAGGCAUGAUGAGAACUCUCUUUGGGAAUCAUCAACGUUUUCAAAAUACCUACUUCGGCAGAUUUCACGGAUAUUAUUGCACGGGCGAUGGUGCCAGACGAGACGCAGACGGUUACCUAUGGGUAACUGGCCGUAUCGAUGACAUGUUGAAUGUUUCUGGACAUCUUAUGUCUACGGCAGAAGUAGAAAGCGUCUUAGCAGGUCAUCCAUCGAUUGCCGAAGCCGCGGUAGUCAGUAAAACUCAUCCUGUGAAAGGCCAAUGUCUUUAUUGUUUUAUUACACCUAACGAAGGCAUCAAAUUUGAAAAGAAAUUGCAAGAUGAACUCAAGCAAAGAGUGCGAGAAAAGAUUGGACCUUUCGCCCAACCGGAUGUCAUUCAGCAUGCACCUGGUUUGCCAAAGACGAGGUCAGGUAAAAUUAUGAGGCGUAUACUGAGGAAGAUCGCGGCGGGUGAUAAAAAUGUCGGUGACGUAUCAACUUUGGCCGAUGAGGCUAUUGUUGAUCUUCUUUUCCAACUUAGGCCACAAAUUUAAAGGAAUCAAAAAUCAUAUAUAUAUAUAUAUAUAUAUAUAUAUAUAUAUAUAUAUAUAUAUAUAUAUAGUCUUUGUUGCCACGAUUGAAAAACAAAAAAGCUUACUAAAAAUAUUUAUGAAAGCUUAUACAACAAAUAUUGUUGAAGCUUCUAGAAUAUUUUUAUAAUUCUUUGUUUAUCCUUUUUUGUUUGUUAUUAAUAGUUAAAUUAUUAUUAUUGUAUUAUAUAAUUAUUAUUAUCAUUAUUAUUAUUAUUAUAACAAUAAUAAUAAUAAUAUGAUUAUUAUUAUUAUUAUUAUUAUUAUUAUUAUUAAUUAACCUUAUAUGUACAUGUAUAACACGGGCUUCAGAUAUAGAUAUAUGUAUUGUACUAUCUCGAUGAUCGGGAUUUAUUUUUGAAGAACAAUGUUUUAUUCUCUCUUUAGUUAAAAAGAAAAAGUAAAAAUGGUUAUUUUCGGAUGGUAUUUUUUCUACUAUUAUUGUUAUAUUGUAAGCGUAGAAAUAUUUUUAUCGAAUAUCGUUAUUAUUAUUAUUAUUUUUGUUAUUAUUAUUAUUAUUAUUAUUAUUAUUAUUAUUAUUAUUAUUAUUAUUAUUAUUACUACUGUUAUUGCUAUUAUUAUUAUUAUUAUUAUUAUUAUUAUUAUUAUUAUUAUUAUUAUUAUUAUUAUUAUUAUUAUUAUUAUUACUGUUAUUAUUAUUACUGUUAUUGCUAUUAUUAUUAUUAUUAUUAUUAUUAUUAUUAUUAUUAUUAUUAUUAUUAUUAUUAUUAUUAUUAUUAUUAUUAUUAUUAUUAUUAUUAUUAUUAUUAUUAUUAUUAUUAUUAUUAUUAUUAUUAUUAUUAUUAUUAUUAUUAUUAUUAUUAUUAUUGUCAUCAUUGUGAUUAUGAUUCAUUUCCUUUAUUGAUAUUCUAAUUCAUUAAGAAGACUAAAAAAUCACCACGUAGCAUUCUUUUCAUAUCUUAUAUUAAAAUGUUACGCUUUUUAAAAAAAAAGGUCUUCUUUUGCACAUUUAAUAAAGUAGUCCGCUGAAAGUUCAAUUUUUUAUUUUUUAUUGAAACCAAAUAGAAAUAUAAUCGUCAUAAAUAUGAUUCUUUCUUUAGCAAUAAAAAUACACUAAAGAAAAAAAACAACAAUCUAUAUAAACUGUCAUAAGAAAGUAUUUAACCGUCGUUUUAACAGAAUUUAUCGAUAAAGUCGAUCCACUUCUCUUUUGCGUUAGCCUUGCGAUUAAGAAAGAAAAUAAAUGAAGAAAAUUUUAUAGCAAGGCAGCGAUUAUAUUGAAUCGAUAAAAUGCCUACCUACUCGAUUGAAAGAACGGAAAUUUACAACAACGAGAUAUAGUAAUCAAUCGAUAAUUCAUUCGACGCUUAUUACUUUUAUGAAGAACGCAAAUAGAAAGAAAACAAAUUAUUUAUAUAUGUGUGUGUAUGUAUGUGUGUAUAUGCAUACAUCUCGUAAUGGUUACCAUGGUUUUUAAGCUUCUUGCAAUAAUCUAAUAAAUAAGUCAUAAAUAGAAAUUUAAUAGUUUCUAAUUGGCGAUAAAUAAUAAUAAUAAUAAUAAUUAGCUAAAUACUUUUUUUUCGGUAAAAAAGCAAGAUAUUCUUGACCUUUUUAAAUGGAACCAUUGUGCUUUUUCUUUUUUUUUUUUAAUAAUAAUGUAUAGUACAGUAGAACAAAUUCAAUGAGUACACAUAAUAUUAUUUUAAGUUUACAUUACAAUCCAAAAUAAAUAAUUUUAAAUUUGUUAAAACGUAAUGCUCCUCUAUUGAGAGAAUUCAUUACAAAUGUAAUAACAUACUAGUUGAAAUAGAUGUUCAAAUUAUAUUUUAUUUUCCGCAACUCUUUCUAUAAAUUAUUGUACGUAGCAUCAAUUAUUCUGCAAUGUUUUAUAGCCGUAAAAUGUUAGGAUGUCAUCGUAAACAUACGGACCAAUUAAAUAAUCAAUCAAAAUGUUUUUUGUAACAACAAACAUUAAUAUUUACAUUUGGCUAAUUAUUUUAUUGUAAUUUAUUAUAAUUAUUAUUAUAAUAAUAAUUAUAAUUUAUUUUUAUACUUAUAUUAUUUAAUUAUAAUUAAAUAAUAUAAGUAUAAAAAUAUAUUAUUUAGCAUAUAUUAUUUAAUUAUGAUUAUUUUAUUGCAAUUUAUUGCCAGUUAGAAACUAUCAAAUUUCUGUUCGUGACUUCUUUUGUUAAAUUAUUGUAAGUAUUUUAAAAAUCAUAAUUACCGUUAUGAGGAAUAUUUUGCAUAUAUGUAUAUACACACACACACACACUCACACACACAUACUUGUACGAAUUAUGCGCACUAUAGCUAAUGCAAGUUAAGAAAGAAAAAGCAUUCAAAUGUUUAUUGUAAUAAAAGCGUCCUGUAUUUAUGUACGUUAGAAAACAAAGUGAAAGCGAUCUUAAGCUAAAGAAAAUUAAUAAUGCCUCGUGUUCCUUCGAGGCGUGUCCGAUACAUAUCAUUUCUUGCGGAACAAACUUUAAGUGUGAUAAUUAAAAUAUAUAUACUAAUGUAUAUAUCGUAACGAUCGAAGAGAUAAUAUUAGAAAGAAAGAGAAAGAGAGAGGAAGAGAGAGAGAGAGAGAGAAAGAAAGAGAGAAAGAGAGAGAAAGAGAGAGAGAAAGACGAGUAUUAAUCUCUUUGCGAAAGAGAGUAUACUUAAAAAAUCUAGUGUUACUUUACUUGAUAAUUUAAUAAAUUACUUCCUUAAAAUUUCACGUAUUACACUUCGGCCGUAACGAUACGUACAUGUAUAUACAUAAAAGAAAAAAAAGAAUAUAUAUAUAUACUAUAUUAAAAAUUGCAAAACUAUGUAUAUGUAUAUGUGUUAAGAGUGAUAAUAAUAUUGUUCUGUUAAACAAA